AUGGAGGAUGAAUUGAUAGACAAGUGCUCUUCUCUAAAACUGGAGGAUGAUGAAGAGAACGUGAUUGACUUAGGUAAUAUGGAAUCCGGAAAAGCUGAAGGCAAUCUUGAAUUGCUCGUGGUGGGGCGGUUAUGCAUGGCUAGACCUUACAAUGUGGAAGCCUUUAAGCGCACAAUGCUGAAGGUCUGGGCGCCUGUAGAAGGGAUGGUUAUUAGGGUUUUAAGCCCUAAUCUGUAUGGCUUUCAAUUUUUCCAUUGGCGAGAUAAGGAGAAAGUUAUGAAGGGUAGACCUUGGUGCUGGGAUAACCACCUCCUUGUUCUGAAUGAAGUGGGAGGCGAUGAACAACCUGAUCUGGUGAACCUAAAGCACUCGCCUUUUUGGUUACGUAUUUUCAAAUUGCCUUUCAACUGUAGAUCGAAUGAAUAUAUCGAGGCCCUAGUUUCGGGAUUAGGGGAAUUACUUGAGAUUGAAGAGGAUACUCUUGGUUUGAACCGUUAUAGAAGAGUGCGCUUGAUGUUGGACGUUACUAGACCAUUGCGUCGAUACCAGCGCAUUAAGUCUAGGGGAGGUAAUGAAUUUAAGGUUGAAUUCAAGUAUGAGUGA